UUCUGAGUCCAGGCAGCACCAUGUGGAGUGGAUGAAGCUGAAAUGAUGGACCGUAUUUAGCUGCCGCACUGAAGCAAACUGUACACUAUUUACUCCAUCACAGCCAGCAGCUUGGUGACUUGGCGGAAAAGGUGGCUGCAUUAUGACCAAAGAAGAAGAGAUCCCAGACUGGGUGGGAGCUCAGGAGUUUUAUGACAAGUAUGAGCCCAAGGAGAUUCUAGGAAGGGGAGUGAGCAGCGUGGUGCGUCGCUGCGUUCUCAAACAGACGUCGCAGGACUUCGCCGUGAAGGUCAUCGACAUCACCCCCUCAGACAAGAUGACCCCGCAGGAGAUUGAGGAGAUCAGAGAGGCCACUGUGAAAGAGAUCGACAUCCUGAAGAAGGUCUAUGGCCAAGAGAACAUCAUUCAACUAAAAGACUGCUACGAGUCCAAUGCAUUUUUCUUCUUGAUAUUCGACCUGAUGAGGAGGGGGGAGCUUUUCGACUAUCUCACAGAGAAGGUAACGCUGAGUGAGAAAGAGACCAGGUGGGUGGAAUGUCCCCAUCAAAACUGUCAGGUGUCUAACGGACUUGUGGGCUACAGGAACAUCAUGAGGUCUUUGCUGGAGGUGGUCAGCUUCCUGCAUGCGCAGAACAUCGUGCACCGAGAUUUGAAGCCGGAAAACAUUCUCUUGGACGACGAGAUGAACAUCAAGCUGACGGACUUCGGCUUCGCUGUGCAGAUCCAGCCGGGCCAACGGCUUAAAGAGGUGUGUGGUACCCCUGGCUACCUGGCGCCUGAGAUCAUCCAGUGCUCCAUGGAAGCUGACCACCAAGGAUACGGCGCUGCUGUCGACGUGUGGAGUUCAGGGGUCAUCAUGUACACGCUGCUCGCCGGCUCGCCGCCCUUCUGGCACAGGAAACAGAUGCUGAUGCUGCGGAUGAUCCUCGCAGGGAAAUACGACUUCUCCUCUCCAGAAUGGGAAGACCGCUCAGACACCGUCAAAGAUUUGAUCUCCCGGAUGCUUGUGGUCGAUCCCAAGCAGCGCUGCACAGCUGCAGAGGCGCUCAGCCAUCCCUUCUUCUCACAAUACGUGGUGGAUGAAGUGCGACAGUUCACUCCAUACAGGCGAUUCAAGGUCAUUUGCAUGACGGUCCUCGCCACCAUGCGAAUCUACUGCAACUACCGUCGAGCCAAGCCGGUCACCAAGGAGGUGAUCAAGAGUGACCCGUACGCUUUCAAGCCCAUCCGCAAGCUCAUCGAUGCAUGUGCGUUCAAGAUCUACGGCCACUGGGUGAAGAAGGGUCAGACCCAGAACAGAGCCGCGCUCUUCCAGAACACGCCGAAGGCCAUCUUGCUGUCCAUCACGGCAGAGGCAGACGAGCCCAUGCACCACAUCUGGUAGCAGCAGCUAUUUCAGCUGAUCCAUUGACUUAUGAACGUAUAGCACAGCCACAGGCAAAUGCUUGAAAUCAAGGCGAACUUUAUAAACUCUUAAGA